AUGGCAACGAAAAUAAUGCCCAUACGGACGGGCUCCAGUGCCAUCCGCUCAUUAUCCAGACGAAGACCCUCCUGUUCCCAUUCAUUUUCCACCACCGCACCAGCGGGAGCAGUGUCGCCAUACCGAAAAUCCCAGAAAUCCACGACUGAACAGUCACGAAGACCUGCAACGACUGCUGCAGCUCAAGCACAAACUACCCGAUCAAUUCCCAGUCCCGCCUUCAACAACGAUUUCCGCCGACAUGAACCCUCACCCUUGGUCAACAGGCAAAUGCCUGAGCUCGAUGACUCCUUCGUGGGUCUCAGUGGAGGAGAGAUCUUCCACGAGAUGAUGCUGCGGCAGGGUGUCAAACACAUCUUUGGCUACCCUGGCGGUGCCAUUCUUCCCGUGUUCGAUGCCAUCUACAACUCAAAACAUUUCGAUUUCAUUCUUCCCAAACAUGAACAAGGGGCAGGACAUAUGGCCGAGGGCUACGCAAGAGCCUCGGGCAAGCCUGGGGUGGUUCUGGUAACCUCAGGUCCUGGCGCAACAAAUGUCAUCACCCCCAUGCAGGACGCCAUGUCCGACGGCACGCCCAUGGUUGUUUUCUGCGGCCAAGUACCCACAACAGCUAUCGGCACCGACGCCUUCCAAGAAGCCGAUAUUGUUGGAAUUUCAAGAGCAUGCACCAAGUGGAACGUCAUGGUCAAGAGCGUGGCGGAACUGCCCAAGAGAAUCAACGAGGCUUUCGAGAUUGCGACAUCAGGACGACCAGGUCCCGUCCUUGUUGACUUGCCUAAAGAUGUCACGGCGGGAAUCCUCCGGAGACCAAUUCCUAUGCAAUCCACUCUUCCCUCACAUCCUUCUGCCGCCACCCUGGCCGCGAGAGAACUGUCGAGGAGACAGCUGGAGGGCACUAUUUCGCGCGUAGCCGAGCUCGUCAACGUGGCCAAGAAACCCGUCAUCUAUGCGGGUCAGGGUAUCUUGGGAACUCCUGAAGGGCCCCGGCUGUUGAAGGAGUUGUCCGACAAGGCUUGUAUUCCAGUGACCACCACUCUGCAAGGCCUUGGUGGAUUUGACGAACUGGACCCUAAAGCUCUACAUAUGCUCGGCAUGCACGGAUCGGCAUAUGCCAACAUGGCCAUGCAGGAGGCAGAUCUCAUUAUUGCCUUGGGCGCGCGAUUUGACGACCGGGUGACUCUCAACAUUGCCAAAUUUGCACCACAAGCAAAGAAGGCGGCAGCCGAGAAGCGCGGAGGCAUUGUACAUUUCGAAAUCAUGCCCAAGAACAUCAACAAGGUUGUACAGGCUACCGAGGCCGUCGAAGGUGAGGUGGCGGCCAACCUACAACAGCUUAUCCCGAAAGUCAAUGCUGUCAAGGAGCGACCGGAAUGGUUUGCACAGAUCAAUGACUGGAAGGAGAGGUUCCCUCUGAGCAGUUUUGAAAGGGGAACCAUGGAUGGAUUGAUCAAGCCACAAGAAGUGAUUGAGAAGCUGUCCGAGAUGACAUCCCACAUGAAAGAGAAGACCAUCAUCGCUACGGGCGUGGGCCAGCAUCAAAUGUGGGCUGCUCAGCAUUUCCGUUGGCGGCACCCCCGAACUAUGAUCACCUCCGGUGGUUUGGGAACUAUGGGCUACGGUCUCCCAGCGGCCAUUGGCGCCAAGGUGGCUCAGCCGGACGCUCUUGUCAUCGACAUUGAUGGCGACGCUUCGUUUAACAUGACCUUGACGGAAUUGAGUUCCGCCAACCAGUUCCAGAUCGGCGUUAAGGUGAUCAUUUUGAACAACGAUGAACAGGGUAUGGUCACCCAAUGGCAGAGCUUGUUCUACGAGGAUCGAUUCGCCCAUACCCACCAAAAGAACCCCGAUUUUGUCAAACUCGCCGAGGCCAUGGGUGUUCAGGCAAGGAGAUGUGUCAAACCCGCCGACGUGGAGGACAGUUUGGAGUGGUUGAUCAGUGGCAGCGGUGAAGGUCCGGCGCUUUUGGAAAUCGUUAUUGAUAAAAAAGUCCCGGUACUGCCCAUGGUGCCAGCUGGCAAGGGAUUGCAUGAAUUUUUGGUGUACGAUGAAGCCAAAGAAAAGGAGCGGAGGGCUGUUAUGAAGCAAAGAACAGGUCGUUGA